AUGAGCCGACAGUGCUACACCUCUGGCUCCAUCCUGGGAAGACGAGGCUUCUCCUCGGCCUCCGCCGUCUGCGGCCUGGGCAGGGCCAACAGCAGCUCGGCCUCCGUGUGCCAGCCCGUGGGACGGAGGUGUGGGAUCGGUGGCUUCAGCAGCCGCAGUGUGUGUGACCUGGGCCGAGGCCAGAGGAUUUCCUUCGGCGGGAGCUGCCGCAGCGGGGUCUACGGCGGUGCCGGAGUCGGGCGCUGCGGCGUCGCUUACGGCGGGGGCCGCUUCGGCACCGUCGUGGGUUUUGGGAACUGUGCGAGCUUCGGGGGCCUGGGCAGCUACAGAGGCCUGGGGGAUGGCGUGGCCGUGGGGGGCUACGGCGGCAGCAUCGGCAUUGGCCUCGGCGGAGGCAGGUCCGAGGGCAUUCGCGGCGUCAGCAUCCACCCAGAGCUCCUCAAGCCCCUGUGCGUGGGCGUGGACCCCGAGGAGUGCCAAGUGAGGACCCAUGAGAAGGAGCAGAUCAAGAACCUCAACAACCAGUUUGCCUGUUUCAUCGACAAGGUGCGGCUGCUGGAGCAGCAGAACAAGGUGCUGACCACCAAGUGGGAGCUGCUGCAGCAGUAUGUGCUCCCAGCAUCCCGGAGAAACUUGGAGCCUGUGUUUGAGAACUUCAUCUGCAACCUGAGGAAGCAGCUGGAGUGUGUGAUGGGGGAGCGUGAGCGGCUGGAGAAUGAGGAGCGGUGCCUGCGGGACCUGGUUCAGGAGUUCAAGUGCAAGUACGAAGAUGAGAUCAACAAGCGCACAGCAGCAGAGAAUGAGUUCGUGGUGCUCAAGAAGGAUGUGGAUUGUCUCUACCUGACCAAGGAGGAGUUGGAGGUGAGGGUGGGUCUCCUGCGGCAGCAGCUGGAGUUCCUGAAGUGCAUCUAUGCCGAGGAGAGGGCUCAGCUGGACUGUCAGCUGUGUGACACCUCUGUCAUCGUGCAAAUGGACAACAGCCGGGACCUGGACAUGGAGGGCAUCAUCAAAAGUGUGGAGUGCUGCUAUGAGGAGAUUGCCCAGAAAAGCAAGGCCGAGGUGGAGGCUUUCUACCAAACCAGGCUGGAGGAACUGCACAGCAGCCGGGGCAAGUUCUGUGAUGACCUAAGGAACAACCAGAGCGAGAUUGCUGAGCUCAACAGGAUGAUCCAGAAGCUGCAGUGUGAAUCAGACAAUGUGAAGAAACAGAUCUCAGCCCUGCAGACAGCCAUCUGUGACGCCGAGCAAAGGGGAGACUGUGCCCUCAAGGACGCCCGGCAGAAGCUGGUUGAUCUGCAGACAGCUCUGCAGCAGGCCAAGGACAAGAUGGCCUGUCUGCUCAGGGACUACCAGGAGCUGCUCAACGUCAAGCUGGCCCUGGACAUUGAGAUUGCCACUUACAGGACACUGCUGGAGGGAGAAGAGAGCAGGUAG